GAAACAAUAACCUCUCUUAGGGCUUCCUUAGAGAAAAGCAACAACAUAUGCAAACAGCAAAAACUACAAAUAGAAAAGCUGAAAAAGGAAAUUAUAUCAACUACCAAGAAAAAUGAUAAACUCAAUAGUAAGCUCCAGUCCAAGAUGAAAACUGCUGAAAGCGCUACACAAUGGCAAACUGAUGACUUGCAGAAAGAUAAUUCAAAACAGAUACAAGAGGAAAAUAAAGAUGAACAAUCUGUACAACCAACACCAAGACAAACACCAAAAAUGCUAUACAUUGCAGCCAGUAAUGGCUAUGGUAUAUCAGCAGCAAUAAACAGUCAAUCAAACCAAAAAAUCGUUGCCACUGGGAAUGUUCAUGGAGGAGCAACCAUAGAAUUUAUCAACUCCACUAUUCCUGAAACUGUUUGCCGAAUGAAACCUGACACUGUGGUUGUACAAUGUGGAACCAACAAUAUCACCGUCGAAAAUACAACUACAACAAUAUCUAAAAUGAAGUCUCUAAUCACUACCCUCAAAACAACUAGUAACACAAACAAGACCAAAACAGCUGUCGUAGAAAUACCUUAUCGGAGAGAUAAACCAGCCUCGCACAAGCUCAACACCAAGAUUGACGCCAUAAACUCAGCUACCCAAUCAGAAUGUAAGAAGCAAGACAUACACUUCAUUAGAAUCAAUACAACUGACUAUAACAAGAGCAUCCUAGGGAGACAAGGGCUACACUUCAAUGUUAAGGGACGACAGCAUGUAGCAAGGAAUGUACUCAAAACUCUGUACCCUAACGAUGUAACCCGAAAUUUCAAUGACACUAACAUACCAAAGCAUUGCUCCAAUAACAGUAAUACAAAUCAAAUGGAUUCUUUGGACCCUAUCUGGAUCAACAGAAAUGUAGUGCAAUAA